AUGGAUGUAACAAGCUUGUGGUUGAUAAUCAUGAUGUCAUCCCUCGCAUUUACUAAACCUGCCGAAGGUUUACCAAAAGGUAGGCCAACUUUUAAUUGCGCUAUGAAUUCUGGGACAUAUUUUCCCAACUAUUGUUUCAUGAAAGAUGGUCUGCACGUCAAAUAGGCAGGGAGGGGGAAGGGUUCACAGUAUGUCAUAGCCUGGGUACGUAACAGAUUGUGAGUUACUUUAAGUGUGAAUGGGGGGGAGGGAAGGGGGAAGAGGGACAAGUUUACCAGAUGAAUAUCUGAGGCUGGAAAAAAAUUUUCGGCGGAAGAUUCUUCGCGAGUCAGGAUCAUAACAUCUAUAGUUUGUUGACUAAAAAUUAUCACAAAGGGGGGGGGGGGGCGGGGAGGGAGUGGUCAAGGGGAACCCAUGUCUUCCCCCAUCCUCCCAACAACGCCCUUAGUAAUCCUCAGUGUGACGGCUGUAUUGAGCAGUUUUGAGGCAUCUACAAACGUAACCUACGAUUUGGUUUUUUGCCUCGUUAGAUUUUUUUCAGUCGAUAAUUUUAUAUUCACCUUUCUUUGCGAAAAAUAAAACUAUAAAAUGUGAAAACGCGCGAGCCAAAGUUCAAUAUCAGUAAAAAUUGCUAAAGCUGUUUAAUUAAAAAAAAAAAAGUCUCUUAGAUGUGGUAGAUUACGAUAGGGACCUUCAGUAAACCAUGACGGCGACGGCAAGGAAAACGUGGCAAAACAAAAGAUCUAAUGGGCAGAACAAUCGCUCAGUACGUGCGUUUUAAAACUUUGUACAUUUCUUACAUAACAAUGUGAAACCACUUCAAUUUGCGUCGUCUGCGAACGGAAAGCGCGACGUCAAAUUAUUUUGAUUUUAAUUUGCAAUCUUUCUAACUGAAAAAGGAAAUUCCUUUUUCUAAUCAACGUCUUCCUUGGCGUUGCCUUGCUGACUGCUCAAGAUCCCAAUAAAUUUGAAGAAAGUCGCACUGUGCUUCCACAAUGUCAAAUCUCUUGUCCAUAGACAAACAAGGACGUUUGAUGCCUUAACAAAUGAAGUAAUACUCUAUUGAAAAACACUGACUUAUCCCAACAGACUGCUCCGAAGUUACCGAAUCCCGAACUGGCUUGUACCGCAUCGACCCCGAUGGGAAAGGCGCGAUCAAGGUGUUUUGCGACAUGAAAACAGAUGGAGGUGGUUGGACAGUUUUCCAGAGAAGGAUCAACAACAAGGAGGACUUCUCGCGGAAUUGGACCGAGUACAGAAACGGUUUUGGUAGGCUGGGAAGGAGGACAAGUUUUUGGCUUGGAAAUGAAAACCUCCAUCGAUUGACAGUCAAUCGUACGGUUGCUUUACGAGUGGAGCUGGAGGCCUGGGAUCACCCCCACAAAACGUUUACUACCAAGUAUCACAAAUUUAAUGUUAGUGACGAAGCCUCCCUGUACCAAAUAACAUUAAGCAAGGGGAAAGGCUCUGCUGGUGAUGCUCUCCGUCCGCACAGGUCCAUGUACUUCUCCACCAAAGACAAGGACAAUGAUAAGUCUAAGAGCAACUGUGCCGAACGCUUUAAGGGAGGAUGGUGGUACAAAAGUUGCCUUUACUGCAAUCUGAAUGGGGAGUACAUAAACCGAGAAGAUAGAGACCCCCAUCACUUUGGUAUCGUUUGGCGGAAGAAGAAGCUGAGGAGAGAAACUUCUCUGAAGUUCAGUGAAAUGAAGUUAAAGUGA